CCGUCCGGUCUUUCAGAGAGGAGAAGUUGGCAGAGGGAUGUUCCGGCGAUGAUGGCGCUGCAGCUGAGGAGCGGGGAUGCUGCAUACUACCAGAGCGCAGAAUACUGCAGAAAUUACACUUCGCAGCCUGUCAGCUACAGUGACAGCAGCCAUUAUUUUGCACGAUUGCCAGGUCCAGAUACCAUGCUGAAGCAUCCUCUCAGUCUCUUCAGUCAUCCCCAGCAGCCCUUCCAUUUUAUGGACUCUCUGCACCAUUUAGGACCUCCACCCAUGGCCCCUACCCAACCAAUUGGACCCCCAAUUCUGACUCCUACUCAGAGUCUAGGGCCACCUCAGAUACCUCCUGCUCACUCAUUAAGGCCUCCAUCUAUUACUCCUCCACACACCUUAGCCCCACCUAUGAUGCCCUCAGCUCAGCCACUUGGCCCUCCACCAAUUGCUCACACUUUAGUUCCUCCACCUGUAGAUCCCACACAAGCAAUUGUACCUCCAACCAUAGACCUCAGCCAAUCUUUAGGGCCUCCACAUCUCCCCCCAGCUCAAGCACUAAUUCCCCCACCUUUAGUGACGCCUGCCCCCAGCCGUUUUCCGCUGCCUCCCAGCCCCUUGUCCUUGCCCCCUGCUCCGGACCCCGACCCGUCACAGAUGACCCCACGGCACCCAGGAUCAGCUCCCAAUCCAGCACCAGUAUCCAGCUACCUAUGUGGUCCUCUACCAGGCCAAGCGGCUCCUGCCAGCGAGCAGCCCGAGGAUGAGGGCUCCUCACUGGGGGUGGAGGAGUCGGAGGACUCACUGGGCCUGGAAGAACUGUGCAAACCACUUUACUGUAAACUCUGCAAUGUUACACUCAACUCUGCUCAGCAGGCACAAGCUCAUUAUCAGGGAAAGAACCACAGCAAAAAGUUGAGAAAUUUCUACGCUGGCAGUCAGCAGCCACCUGCCAUCAGGAUACCAGAAGCCCUGGAGGGAGCCGGUCAGAACAUCGGCUCAGGAGCCAGUGAUGGUGAUGGAGGAAGACAGGCGCUGUAUAAAGGGGCGCCUCGGGUCAUCCUGGCCACAGAAAACGACUAUUGUAAACUAUGUGACGCCUCCUUCAGCUCACUGGCAGUCGCGCAGGCCCACUACCAGGGCAAAAACCAUGCCAAGAAGCUACGAAUGGCUGAGGCCCAACAGAACUCCAGUAACAUGGAAGGCAUUAGUGAAGGAGCGGCAAGAAAAAAUCGUAAAGAUGGCAGUGAAUAUCGACUGGUGAAAAACCGACGCAGCCCGCAGCUGCCCACCACCAUGCCAGGGCCGUAUUACAACCCGAGACCGAGGCAGCGCAUCCCCAGGGACUUGGCCAUGUGCGUGACUCCCAGUGGGCAGUUCUACUGCUCCAUGUGCAACUGUGGCGCCGAGCAGGAGACGGACUUCAGGCAGCAUCUGGAGAGCAAGCAGCACAAAGCCAAGGUGUCCGAGCUGAGAUACCGCCACGAGAUGGAGAACCUCGGGUACAGCUAAGAGGGUUGAGAAAAAGAUGGAGAGUGACUUACAGUGGAUUCAAACAAUGACUUGCGUGACAAAAAUUACAUCCAAACUACAUCUAAACUAGUCCAGAUCCUACUGCAGAUCAUCUAACAUAUAAUUUAAAGGAUCAUAAAAAAAUAACUGCAGCUCAAAUAGUAGAUCAAGUUGUUCAUGACUUGCAGGGUUAGUAGUAAAUAUCUUUAAGAUGUUUUUGCUCUUUAAAAACAGUCCAGUUCCACCCAACCCAUCUGAUCUAGGAAGCGAUGGAGCAUCUCAAUAAAUGAGCAUGUCGUAAAAAACUUAAUCAAUUUCAGUAAUUCAGUUUAAGAACUGGAACUCCUAUAUUAUAGAUUGAUUACACACAUGGAAUCCCGGGCUGCUAUAAUAGCAACCCUCUGCUCCUCUGCAUCGAUGGGUUCGGUGUCUCUUGUCUUCCUCCUGACAAUAGUCUGUAGAUUCUAUGCGUCUCCACUUUUCCUCCAGACUGUGGGACCUUUAUCUUCAAAUGAACUGCAAAAAUCUUUCUGAGAGAUUCUUUGCAGGACAGCUGUCAAGUCAGUUUAAAUCACAAAUCCUUUGUAUAUUAGAUUUUUAAGCCAUAAUUAUCAUAAUGAACAGAAAUAGCCACUUGAAGUAUAUCACUAUAUGUGAGUAUGGAAUCUAUAAAAGUUGAACGUUUUGAAUUCAGUUGCUGAAAUUCAUUAACUUUUUUAAUACAUUCUAAUUUAUUGAGAUGUACCAAUAUGAUGGUUUUGUUUUAAACUGAUGAUUAGUGCUGAGAACCCUCUCUGCAUAUUUAUUCUGAAUGAAACAUGUUGAGAAAAAGAGUUUUUUACUAUACAGAAAAAGAAAACAUACGUGUAGUCUACAUAUGGAUUAGGAAAAGAAAUGACUCCCUUUCUUUUUUAUAUCAUUUCACUGAUCGGCUCUCCUACGAAGCAUUGAGCAGCAUUUAUUUAGACUCAGGUUACAAGUGAAUGCAAGUGAGAUGCAAAUAAAUUUUGGGCUUGUUCGGGCAGCGGGGAGAGGACCAAUCACGAACCGGAAGUCUGGGAGUUUGUAGAGGAACAUGUAGAAAAGAGAGAGGAAGUAAAGGAGUUAAAGCAGCCAAAAGGAAUGAAGAAUGCGGUAAACAUGGAAAUCCAUCAGGAGACAGUGGGAGGUCAAGUAAAAAAAAUCUUGUGUACAAAAAGGCACACCAGGUAUUUUUUAUAGGUUCUGCUGCCAGCUCAUUGCUGAAGACUGCAUAGCCACAAAUUCAGCAUCUUUACAACCCAGUAGAGGAAUUAAAUCCAAAGCACUACUUGCUGAUUACAGAACCAACAAAAGCACAAUUAACUUCAUAGAGUACAGCAGUGUUAAAUGAAGCUGGGAGCUUUGGUUUACCUCCGACCAGUCAUUUGGUGUAAUUCAGGCUAAAGGCUGAACACUGACUGGCCUUGUUCAAGCAUUUGGAGGAAAUUGGGCCAGACCUCUGGCUUUUCAUUUUGGCAAUACAAUAAAAACCAAUCUGUACUGCGGUAGAGCUUUUCUAUAAGCCGCUUCACAUCUUCUGUCUUAAUAAAUCAUUCAGAUCUUAUGUAAAUAUAACUAAAUUACAUUAUAGCUGUAAAUAUAGUAUAAAAACAUUAAUCUUAUUGAUUCUGUAGUUAUUCUCCGGAUUUUAAAUUAUUGUAAAUUCCCAUAAUUAUACCUGUGCACACUAAAUCAAUGUCUCAGCACUAUAUUGUUUGUGGAUUUUACUCUGGAGCCUUCCAAAUACCAUAAAGAACCUCUGGUACCUUCAGUGUUUAAUUAAUAGCUGCUAAUAGCCUCGGUUUGACUGCAUGUGCCAGGAGAGGUUGUGUGUCAAGCGAAAACACUUUGGAUGCAAGAAUUUUUCCUGUAUACUAAUUAAAAGAAAACAUUUAUCUAAAAAAUCAAAAAUAACUUUGCCUUUCAUCUAAAUGAUUUGUAAAUAAUUAAGUGAACGGUAAAAAGGAGUGUGUGAAACUGUCAAAUUUAUUUCAGAAUUGACAGAAUUUGACAUUUUGAUAAGUACAUGUAAAAGCAGCACUUUAGAUUUCACUUGAAAAAGUGUUCACACCCCUUAUCUCUUUUCAAUUUGCUAUUUUACAGCCACAAAUUUCAAUACAUUUCAUUUAGAUUUAAUGUGACAGACCAACAUAAAGUAGUGCAUAUUUCUGAAGUUGAAGAGAAAUGAUAUGUAAAAAUCUGAAAAGUGUGGCAGCCCCUGUUAGUCACUACUUUGUAAAACCAUCUUUUGGGGCAUGUCUCCACCAGCUCAUCUACAGACUAAAAUGUUUGUCCAUUCUUCUUUGCAAAAAUGCUCAAGUCUGUUGCAGUCUGUAUUUAACUACCUCCAUGUUCCCAUUCAGUUGCCUCUGAAGGUAGUCGGUUGCAAUGGACUUAAUUUAGGGCUAUGAAAAUAAAGAAGGCUGAAUAUAAAUAUGCGCAACACCAUUUAGAUUUUUAUCUGUCAAAGAAAAUUUUGAAAAUUACCUUCCACCAAAUAUGUUCUACUUGGUGUAGGACCCUGCAAUGAAAUCCUGUUAAAAGACUUUAAAUUUUGUGGCUGCAAUGUAACCACAUUUGCAAAAGCUCAAAGGGUGUAAAUAAUGUUGCAAACCACUGUAGUUUGCUGUUGGAGGUGGCAGCUGUUCUUCUUUUGAUUAUGCUGUGGGUCACCAACACACACCUGACCACAACCACACAGUACAUGUUUGGAGGAUUUAGGCAAAGAAAGAGUGUUUCUGCUGAGCCGCAGUGGGUUCUGAUCAAAAAGGAACGACGAAGAGCUAUUGAAAUGUUAAGGGCAGUCAUCCUUUUCCUAAAAAUAACAUGCCUUUGUCUUUUACUCUCCAGUGAAGCUACUGCACAGCAUCAGCAAGUUCAGGAAACAAUAAACCGCUGUGGUAAUGCGAGGAUGAUCAGAAACGGAUAAGCCAAUCACAUAAGACAUAUUCAACAGCAGCACCGACUUUAAUUCUGAAUUAUCUAGUUUGGAUCCACUUUGACUGGUUUUAGACUUUACUUUUUCACAACUUUUGUGCAGUUUAACCAAAGAUUGAUAUUUCUUUGCCAGAUUUAUCUGAGUAAAGUUGGACCUUAAACAGAAACUGGGCAUGAACUAUUUAACAUUUACCUUAAGGUGGGUAUAAAGGAUACCAUAUUGUUCAUCACAUUGCUAAACAAGAACAUGUUGAAAGAAUCCUGCCUGUCUUGUGAAGUUAGAAGUCCUCAAAAUAUUCUAAUCCCUAUCACAAACAAUACCAAGGAAAUGUUAUGCUUGUUUUUGAGCAGAUGAGACAGCAACUCAUUUGAUGUGGAAAUUAUUAAAUGCAUCCCAAACACGACAUGCAGUAAGCCUGGCAAUUAUUCAGCCUCCAUUGUUUCUCACAGUCAAAUCACCACCUAAAAUCAGAUGUUGUCAAACUGAAACUAAACAACAUUUGGAGGACGUUUGGGAUCUGAUUUGGAUAAAAUCUUCUACAAAUCAUCUUCCCAUCAGCUCUGACCAGCUUCCCUGUCCCUGCUGAAAAAACCCCUAUCCCCCAGCAUGAUGCUGCCACUACCAUUUUCCAUGCAGGGAUGGUAUGUUCUGUGUGAUGUGCAGUGUUAGUUUCCCACCUUACAUACCACUUUGCAUGAAAAUCAAAAGUAAACAUUUUGGUUUUAUCUCACUAGAGCACAUUUUUCCAAAUGUUUGCUCCAAACAGGACAUCUUCUGGUUUUGAUUCAACUAUGGUUGUCUUCUUGCCACUCUUGCAUUCUCCAGAUUUGCAGAUUGCAUACCUAAUAGUUGUCAUGUCAACAGUUGUCAUUAUAUAUGGCCAGAACAUUAGUAAUUAACAGGAAAAAAAUAAUUUAAAACGUAUUAAUAACCAUUUAUUUAAGCCAAAAUCUGCUGUCUUAAUUUAUAGGCAAAGAACAAAUAUUAAAAUUGUAUUUUAUCACUAGUUUAUCUUGUUCGCAGUAUCUCUAAAUAUUUGCUCUGCAGAAAGUGGAGACACUGAAUCUGACAAAGAAUUUGUAAUUAAUGGACAUAAACAUCUGCAUCAAAGACAAAGUGUUGUAAUGCUGCUGUUUCUGGUCUAAAGGAUGGGCACAGGUUGCACACAUAUUUGAGGAAGGUAAGAUUCCCAUAAAUAAAGAUAAAGAGAAAAUAUAUAUUUUGUGUUUGUUUUUACUUUUAAAAUGUACACCUGAGGUACUCUUUUCCAUGCCUGUCAAUAAAACUGGGAAAUGUAUUGUUAUAUAAUUGGUAUUCAUAAUUUCAGACUAUUGAGUUGUUUCAUUGUUGUCAAAAUUCUGACAUGUUUUAAAAAGAUGAGUAAAAUGUUAAACUAUUAAUUUUUGUUGUACAUGACAGAAAUCCGUGACAAGUUGCACCUCACAUACUGUUAUAUUUUGUGCAUGAAGAAAGUUGCAGCUAUUGACUGCUGAGGAGUUUUCUUUGGAGAAAAUAUGUUCUGAUAAGUGCAGACAUUUAUUUAAAUGUAUUUCUGGACAACCUCAUCUUAAAGGGGGUCCCAGUAACCAGAUGGUUGGAAUGUUUGUAGUGAAGAUUUUGCACUGGAUAUAACAAAGGGCAUCGGUGUUAUAUAAAAAAGCAUUCUACCAUUUGUUGUUGUCUUUAAAUGAAAACUAUUUUUGUCAAUAUAUACCUCUUAAUUCUAAAUGUAAUGCUUACGAUGGUGAGCAGUUGCGACUGUGUAUUGUGUCAGUGAUUUAGUGUGUUUGUCCUGCACUGGGAUGUUGGACUAAACCAAACAGGGUUGAUGGGCAACAAUAUGUUUAAAAAAAACCCACCAUAAACUGUGAAACAUCUAAAAUUUUAAAACUGUUUGCCUAAUACAACUUUGUAUUAGUUUAAAAGUUGCAAAUUAAAUGUUAUCCAGCCUGGCUGUUAUGAGGCACAUGGCUUUUAGGAGGCUUUACUGUCCUUUAGUGUUUAAAUGGAGCAUGAUGACCAUGGUCACCUCAUAAGUACCAUUCAAUUAAGCUCCUGAUGAUCAGUAAAAAGCCUCUUCUUAUUUAUCAAUAUCAUAAGGAUCAACUUAAAGACAUAGUGUGUUGAAUUAUCUUUUUUUUUAGCAGUCAGUAUCUUACCUGCAGGAGAAUCAAAGAUUAAUUCAUGCGAAUGCUAUUUUAUUCAUAUUCUAUUCACCUCCAUCACUUAAAAUUAGAUGAUUAUUUACAUAUAGACUUUUUAUGUAAACUAAUAAAAAAGCCUUAAAACAAAACCAUAUUUUAAUGCAGUGAUUGUAGGUAUUUUCUAGUGGCUGUUUCCUGAUUGAUAAAGAUCAGCCUUACUUGAAUGCCACGUUUUCUUGUUUGUCCUAUUUUUAAAUGUUUCCCAGGGAAACAGAAAGUCGUAGUAAAAUAAAUGCGGCACCAGUGAUUACGUAAAAUUAUAUUCAAAUGUGAGAACUCCCAUCCCUAAAGGCUGGACAAUUCUACAUUUCCAGAGUGAGAAUAUUGUUCUGUAAUAAAACAAUAUUCAUUUUAAGGCUUUUUCUUUACAUUAUGAGUUUCAGAGAUAGGGAUGAGAUAUAAAGUCAUAAUUGUGAAUUAUGAGAGAAUACAAUUAUCAUUUUGACUUUCAAAAUAAAAAUUAUGAGUAUCAAGGUCAUAGUUUAGACUUUAAAUCCUUUUAAGAUACAAAGUUGUUUUUUUUACUUUUAAGGUCAUAAUUCAGGAUUUUAAUUGAAAAGGAUAAAUCAAACUUUUGACGUCACAAUAAGAGACAUAAAGUAUAUAUGCAAUAAUUGUGUGACAUACAAUGAUAAUUAUCAGAUUCAUUCCUAAUCCUGACUUGAAAAAAGACAUAUUUUUCAAUUUUAUUGUCAUUUUAAAAAUAAAACUAAUGAGAGUCAUGAUAUUAAAUUCAAAGCAAUAAUUUUGACUUUCAACGUCAUAAUUAUGAGUUUCAAAGACAUCAUUAUGACAAAUAAGUGAAAAUAAUGUGGAAUAAAAUCAGAAUUAUGAGAUUUGAAGUCAGAAUUUCUACUUUCAGUCAUAAUUGUGAACACUCUGGUUUUAGAGAUGGUAAUAAUAGUGUGAAAUUAAGAUAUACAUAUCAGUUAUAAUGAUGACAGCCUUUGCCAGAUCAUGUUCUUUCUAACAGGAAUGAAAUGUUGCAUUUGUAUGAGCUUCAAUGAUUUGUUUUUUGUUGAAUAUGGCUGAUGAAAUUUGCCGUCUGACUGGCUGAUCGCUCAACUUCGCUCUGUUAUCCCAAACUGAGACGCUGCUGCUGAAUGAUUAAGAGCUUAUCACUCCUGUCCACAUAGAAGCCCAUGUAACCUAGUUUACAUACACAAUUCAGGACCUUCCAUCUCCAUUUCCUGUCCAGGGCCGUGAACAUGAUGGCAGCACCCCUACAGGAAAGCAAAUGAUCCUGUGAUUUUCAUGAAAAAAAAAAAACCUCAGCACAUGUUUGGUGCCUCUGAACAAUGUUGGAAACACACCAUUGUACUGUCUGAAUGGAUGCCUGGAAGACCGACGCUCUAAUUUCUGACUCCCUGUAUGUUUGUGUUUUAUGACAGAUGAAUAAACAUGCAGAUGAUAAUAACUGA